CCCUUUGGGUGCCGGCGUCUCACCAGCGUUGGCCUUGGGCUUCUGGACUCCUGACCGCGGCUCUUCGCCUGGCAUUGCCCGGGGUCGGGGGGGAUCGCGUGUGAAACCGUGUCUUUGGCUGCGAAGAGUGCUCCCCGCAGCACGAAAGGGGCGCCCUGGUCUCGGGACCACUGCCCCCUCCCUGCGUGGUGCGAUGAGUGCCAACGAGGACCAGGAGAUGGAGCUAGAAGCAUUACGUUCUAUUUAUGAAGGAGAUGAGAGUUUCCGGGAAUUGAGCCCAGUUUCAUUUCAAUAUAGGAUAGGUGAAAAUGGCGACCCCAAAGCCUUCUUAAUAGAGAUUUCCUGGACAGAAACAUAUCCUCAGACACCUCCAAUUAUAUCUAUGAAUGCUUUUUUUAACAACACCAUAUCAUCAGCUGUAAAGCAGAGUAUCUUAGCCAAGUUACAAGAAGCAGUGGAAGUUAAUCUUGGAACUGCUAUGACCUAUACGUUGUUUGAAUAUGCCAAGGACAAUAAAGAACAGUUCAUGGAGAAUCACCAUCCUGUCAAUUCUACAACAUCCACAGGCAAUAUUAUCUCAGUUGAAACACAAAAUGUAGCCUCGUCAAGUAAGAAAAAAGACAAAAAAGAACAACUUUCAAAAGCCCAGAAACGUAAGCUGGCAGAUAAAACAGAUCACAAAGGGGAACUUCCUCGAGGCUGGAACUGGGUUGAUGUCGUGAAGCAUUUAAGCAAAACCGGCUCUAAAGAUGAUGAAUAGCAUUUGGACCUAAAGAAAAGGAAAGCGUCCUUUAAAAAGUAAAAUGGGCUCAACACCUUUCAUUACUAUUUUCUGAUAUUGAGGUGGCUUUUUUAUAUAAUACAGGUUUUUGUAUGUUUCUUAAAAAUAUUGUAAGUAGAAAGUUCAUGGAGAGAUCUGGUUGUAUUAAAUUAUUUUCUCAAACUUGCCUUAAUAAAAGGUGAAAUUGUUAACAUUGUAUAUUUGAUGAAGCCCUCUGAGCUUUGUGAAUGGACAGGUAUGGGUAUACUAACAGUAUUUAUUUGUAUGCUCUUACUACAGUGGAUGUGAUCAUUUUUAAAGGAAUAUGAAGCCGUUUUCAGGUUGUAGAGCCAAAUAUUGACUGAGUCACCACUUGAUCCAUAGCAUGACCAUAUUAUAGGCUUCUCUCAUGUUAAAGUCCUCCUCCCUUCUUUUGCCUAGUUACUGAGGUGUAAAUUGCUGCCGAGAAAUUCAAAUCCCAGUGUUUGAACUUUAUAUGAUACUCUUUGUAGUUCCUUUUUUUAAAAAAUUUUUCAUCAGUGAGUGAACUGCCUCCCUUUAAUAAAUUGAUAACCUAUUUAUACCCUUGUUAUUUGGACCAGGGUGUUUGAUCAUGUGGUCAGAGAAUAUUAAAACAAAUCUGCCAAAUACUUUAGAAAGACAUUUGUUAGCUCUUAUUUAAAACAUUUCUCUUUGCUGCAAAUAUCAGGAUAGGGAAAAAAAGGAUGCCUUAAUAUUUAAUUUUUGUAUUGUAGAAGACAGUGGUUUUAAUAAAUUCCUAUUUAUCUGUUAUUGCGUUUUUAGUUGUUGGAUAAUAGGUCUUUAAAUGAGUUUAACAUAAAACCAUAUUUCAAGUCCUGGGAUGUUCUUUUUUGUAGUGUCUUUUUAACAUCCAGAUGUAUUUCUCAAUCUCUACAUCUUCAUACUAUAUAUAGAACUCUUGAAAUGCCGAACUGUUACACAUGCUUGACUUUCAACAAUUAUCAGUAGAGAGAAGGGUAUAGUUUUAGUAGGGAAAGUUGUUGAUACUUGCGUGUGAUUUACACAGUGACUUUGUAUGUGCUCCUAGCUUUAAGAACUCUUAGAACUACUGCUGUGGAUUUGGAAGGGUAGGUUGUUUGUACAUCAAGUUAUAUUUCUAUAGUUGUUAUCUGAGGUUUUAAAGAAUACUUUUAAAGAAGUUACCUUAGCAUAGAUAGAGCAGUUGGAGAUAUGUCCAUGGUUUUUAACACAGUUAAUCUUGGCUUCAUUAAAUUGUCCGAAUUAUAAAGUAAAUGUAAUUGCAGUUAAGGAAUUUAAUGUCAUUUUCAAAAGCUGAAUCACAUUUUGUGUCUGGAAUUAAUGUUAAAAUUGAGGACCACUACAAUAUGCCAACUUGUAUUUUCAAGAUUCUGUAUAUGUAAUUUUUGGUGUUAGGUUGAUUUGUUUGAUCAUGUUUUCUUGAAAAAAUAUUUGGUAAUGGAAAAAAAAAACACAUUUUGUUCUACUCUGGAAAUUCUGACACUCAUCAAGGUAUGUUGUGGUUCAUAGAUUACAAAAAAAAAUGCUAGUUAAAUGCCAAUGAACUAUUUUUACUCUUUUUAUAUGAAAUAUACAAAUUUCUGGGGUGAUGGUGUCGUGGGGGCCUCUUGUUAUCUAUCAUAAAACACUUGAAUGUUGUCAUCAAUCUAUCAUGACUAGCCAACACUCCCAGUAUAUUUUCUCACUUGUGUAGAAUGACAAAAUUAAUAAGCAAUAAAGUCUGAAUUACAGAGA